AUGUUGGGCUUGACGUCCAUUUUACAAGAGGAGGAAUCCUCGGACAGUAUACCAUUGCUAACAGACAUCAAACAGGAAACAACAUAUGACAGUGGCUACCUCUCACCCGGGCCUUUGGUACAGAGAUCAAUGAUUCCGUCUGGAGAUAUGGCAUUACUUUCUCAAACACAGACUAGUCCAGUUAAACCAAUAUCACAGCGUCAUAUUGAUCAGUUCAAUGUUGACAAUCUACAGAAACCACCUGUAUAUGAAGAUGUUGGAAUCUCUGAAGAAUGGGAAAAAGACUUCUUUGCCAACUUCGAAGAAAAUCUGUUUAGUUUGGAUCUUGAUGAUCAAGUUUUAGAUGAUAUUCUGAAGUCACCGAAAGGUAAAGUGGCUUUGAAAGAAAUUAUCAACUCUCCGAAAGGGAAAGCCAUUAUGAACUCUCCAAAAGGUAAAAAACUGAAGGAGAGGAUGAGGUUAUUUGACACACCUCCAGGUCAGGAAGAAUUCACAAGAGUUUUGGAUCACAGUCAAGGUAUUCUGUGCCCAUCAGAUACUAAUAAGCCUGGAAUUACACCUAUGAAACCUGAUGCUCAGCGGGCUCUCAAGUUAUCAAAGAGAAAACUAAGUAUGGGGACAAUCAACCAACCUUUGAGGUCAUCUUACACCAGUUCAUUACCAACUCUUGCACCUGCCACCAAUGAAAAUAAUCAACCUGUCUUAUGGCCGUCACAGGAAAGACUUAAAUUCGCACGCAGUAAUUUCAAAGACAUUUUGAGGAAGGCUGUACAGAAAGUAGAAAGUGCUGAAGCAGCUUUCAAAGCACAGCAAAAGCUACAGUCAGCAGCAGCAACAACAACAAAGACAGGUCGACGUCAGAAAGGAAAGUCUGAUAAAUAUCCUCAAUUAUCAAAAGCUUUGUCACGUCCAAGCAUCCCAAAUGAUUCAGAGGAUCAGUUACCAACACGCAAGUCUGAGAGAAAGUCACAAAUGUCUGCAGGUAUGCUGCUGUCGGGAUGCAAUCUGCAAGACGACUGGUAUAAUCCAGAAGAGGAUGACGAUGAUGAGGACUGGUGUGGGGACUUGCCAUUCACAGGCUUCAAACAGGCAACAAAGAGAAAGAAAAAGAUUGUCACUGGCCCAACCAAACGUCGGAAAAGUUCACACAACACAGUGCGAUAUGCCAAAUAUUAG